AUGGCCCGUGGCAAGCCCCACAAGCCGACAGUACGACAUUUAUCAGUGCAGCGAGAUUUGGAUGAGACUCGAUUAACAGACUAUCAGAAAAGGCUAAUCAGUACUUCACCCGUAAACUAUAGCGAACCCGAAAGCGAUGAUGGCUCUGGACUAGUAGCGGGAGGCAAAAAUGGACGAAUAGAAAUCGAUCUGGGAGCACUAGAUGACAAAAAAUUCGAUGUUUUGGUGAGCAGUGUUGGAAGCCCGAAGAAGGGCCAUGAGGUUUACAAACCCGGGAAACCUCAUUCAUCAAGUGGCCCCAGCACAAUUAGGAUGGACGAACAGGAUAUCAGCGAAGUGGAUUUGCAACGUAAACGAAAUGCACUGGAGCGUGCUUUCGAAGAAGAUAGCACUGACGAUAGAGAGUCUUCAGAGCAAGCAUUUGAGGAUCCAGUGCGAAAACUCAGAAAGAAAAGCCCAGAAGCAUCCCAGAAACAGAAAUUCGAAGAGAUUUUGGCCGUCAGACUUCGAUACCAGAAGAAGUUUGCGUUGCCACCGGUUCUGUUUGCGGAUGAGCUGAGGGAGAAGGUCAGGAAUCACCUCCCGCUUUUGGAUUCAAUCUUGAAGGGCAAACGUGUUUCUAGGUUCCUUAUAAAAGCUCAGAAAGUUUCCGAAUCGUCUUCGAGAGCUGUUUUGACCGUCGACGAGCUCCGAAGGCUGGAUCUGAACGAGUUCACAGCGGGCUAUUACGGUAUGAGACGCCAGAUGCUGGUUGCAGCGGAUAUUAUAAAGAAAUACGAGAAGGCUAUGAAGAAGAUGAGAAGCGGAACUUUGAGAUGGUGGGGAAUCCGCGAUUUUGCACAGUACGUGUUGGCCCCUGAGCUUUUGUGUGCACUGUGCUGCGAGGAAAUGAACUUGAAUAUCACGGAAGCGUGGAAUCUCAUGGAGAAUACUACAGAAUUUGGUCGGAUUGUAGCCGACCGCGAUCCUCUGGAGCCGUUCGAAGUAGAGUACGAGCAACGCGCGUUGCGAAAUUUGGGUCUAGACGAACGGUACUCUAGUAUGAGCUACAGGGAGGAGAGCGAGGAUUAG